UUCGACUUAACCCCCGGCCACCUCCGGGACUCUGUCCGUCUCUAAUGGCGGAAUCCAAACCCUAGAAACGCUAUCUUCCCGCCAUGAGUGGAAGAGACCGAGACCUCGACGGCCCCUCAAUGGACAUCCUCCCUCUUCUCCUUCUACUGCUGCUACUCUUCCUAGGUCUUGGAUCGAGCGAGUUCGGGGACUUGGAGCUUCUGAACUCCUUCAAGAGUUCUCUGCCCAGCCCCCAGGUCCUCCGGAGCUGGGACGCGAGCCAGAGCCCUUGCUCCUUCGCCGGCGUCAGCUGCAAGGCCGGCCGCGUCGUCGGCGUCGCCUUCCAGAGCAUCGCCCUCAGCGCUGACUUCCGCUCCGUCUCCUCUUCUCUCUUGAGCCUUGGGAGUCUCGAGUUUCUCUCCCUCCGCUCCGUUAACCUCACCGGAAGUCUCUCAGCGGCGGGGUCCCUGUGCGCCGGCCAACUCGCCGUGCUGGACCUCGCCGAUAAUGCCCUCAGAGGGUCGGUCGCUGAUGUUUAUAACCUUGCCGGCACCUGCAGGGGUUUGAGAUCGCUCAACCUCUCCGGCAACUUCGUCGGGAUCCCUCCCGCCGGGAAAAACCCCUCCGGCGGCGGCGGGUUCUCGCUGGAGACCCUCGACCUCUCCUUCAACAAGAUCUCCGGCGAGGCCGACCUCCGGCGGUUGCUCUCGAGCCUCGGCCUCCUCCGGCGACUGUACUUGACCGGAAACCGGCUCACCGGCGGGAUCCCGGUGAUUAGCAACUGCUCCGGCCUUCAACGCCUGGACCUCUCCGCGAACGAGCUUGCCGGCGAUAUCGUGGCCGGAGUCUUCGGCGGGUGCCGGAGUUUGAGCUAUCUGAACCUCUCUGCCAACCACUUCAUCGGUACUCUUCCCGCCGACCUGUCUUCUUGUUCCGCCCUGACCUCCCUUGCUCUCUCCAACAACAACUUCUCCGGCGUGUUCCCCUUCGAGACCCUAUCCUCUUCCCUGCCGAAUCUCGUGGUUCUUGACCUCUCGUUCAACAACUUCUCCGGGCCCCUUUCGAACUCGGUCUCGAAGCUCCCGAUGCUGGAGCUGCUCGAUCUCAGCUCCAAUGGCUUCUCGGGGUCUCUCCCCUCGUCACUUUGCCAAAGCUAUGAAACUAGCUUGGAAGAGCUCUAUCUUCAGAACAACCAGUUCACCGGUCGCGUUCCGGAGUUCCUCAGCAACUGCUCCAAAUUGGUCUCGCUCGAUCUCAGCUUCAAUUACCUCAGCGGAGCCAUUCCCGCCGCCCUGGGCUCGCUAUCUUCCCUCCGCGACCUCAUCAUGUGGCAGAAUUUGCUGGAGGGCGAGAUCCCGGCGCAGCUGUCCACCAUCCGGAGCCUCGAAAACGUCAUCCUCGACAACAAUGGGCUGACGGGAUCCAUCCCGGCCGGCCUCCGCAACUGUACAAAUUUGAACUGGAUCUCGCUGUCGAGUAACCACCUGAGAGGCCCCAUCCCCUCCUGGAUCGGCCGGCUUGGCAACCUCGCCAUCCUUAAGCUCGGAAACAACUCUUUCUCCGGUCCGAUUCCGCCGGAGCUCGGGGACUGCAAGAGCUUGAUUUGGCUGGACCUGAACAACAACCAGCUGAACGGGACCAUCCCGCCGGCCCUCGCCAGGCAGUCGGGCAAGAUCGCCGUCGGCUUGGUCACGGGGAAGCGGUAUGUGUACCUAAAGAACGACGGGAGCAGCGAGUGCCGCGGGUCCGGGAGCCUUCUGGAGUUCGCCGGGAUACGGCCGGAGGAUCUGAACCGACUGCCGAGCCGGCGGUUCUGCAACUUCACCAGGGUGUACAAGGGGAGCGCCCAGUACACCUUCAACAACAAUGGCUCGAUGAUCUUCCUCGACCUGUCUUACAACCAGCUGGUCGGCGAGAUCCCCCGGGAGCUUGGGAGCAUGUACCACGCCAUGAUCUUGAACCUGGGCCACAAUAUGCUGUCCGGACCGAUCCCGUCGGACCUGGGGAGCUUGCACUAUGUUGGCGUCUUGGAUCUUUCUCAUAAUGCUCUCCAAGGUCCGAUCCCGUCGUCCUUCUCUGGCCUCUCCAUGCUUUCCGAGAUCGAUCUCUCCAACAACAGGCUCAACGGGACCAUCCCUGUGUUGGGGCAGCUGGCCACGUUCCCGCGGUACCGGUACGACAACAACUCCGGCCUCUGCGGCUUCCCUCUCCCAUCUUGUGAAGGGAUUGCGGACGCCAGCUCGAGCGGCCAGCAUCGAACGUCUCGCCGCCGGCAGGCCUCCCUCGCGGGGAGCGUCGCGACGGGAUUGCUCGUCUCCCUCCUCUGCGUUUUCGGUCUCAUCGUCGUCGCGGUGGAGGCCAGAAAGAGGAAGAGGCGGAAAAAAGAGAGCAAUAAUAACAGCUCAGGAGAUUUCUACGUCGACAGCAGUCGAUCUCACUCUGGCGCCGCCAACUCCAACUGGAAGCUGACGGCCACGAAGGAGGCCUCGAGCAUCAACCUCGCCACAUUCGAGAAGGCUCCUCGGAAACUCACGUUUGCCGAUCUCCUCGAGGCGACCAGCGGCUUCCACAACGACAGCCUCAUCGGCUCCGGUGGGUUCGGGGACGUCUACAAGGCCCAGCUCAAGGAUGGCAGCGUCGUUGCCAUCAAGAAACUGAUACAUGUAAGCGGGCAGGGCGACCGGGAGUUCAUGGCCGAGAUGGAGACCAUAGGAAAGAUCAAGCACCGCAACCUGGUUCCUUUAUUGGGCUACUGCAAAGUUGGCGAAGAGCGGCUUCUGGUCUACGAAUACAUGAAGUACGGAAGUCUAGAGGAUGUCUUGCACGACCGCAAGAAAGCCGGGAUCAAGCUAAAUUGGGCGGCAAGAAGGAAGGUUGCGGUCGGGGCAGCGAGGGGUCUGGCAUUCCUCCACAACUGCAUCCCCCACAUAAUUCACAGAGAUAUGAAGUCCAGCAACGUCCUCCUCGACGAGAACUUGGAAGCCAGGGUCUCCGAUUUCGGAAUGGCGAGACUUAUGAGCGCGGCGGACACACAUUUGAGCGUGUCCACUCUUGCGGGCACACCAGGUUACGUCCCACCGGAGUACUACCAGAGCUUCCGGUGCACCACCAAAGGGGAUGUCUAUAGCUACGGCGUGGUCUUGCUCGAGCUGCUCACAGGGAGGCAGCCCACGGACUCGUCGGACUUCGGGGACAAUAACCUGGUCGGGUGGGUGAAGCAGCACUCAAAGCCCAGAAUCAGUGAUGUCUUUGAUCCAGAGCUAUUGAAGGAGGGUCCUGGUCUGGAGCUAGAGCUCUUGGAGCACCUUAAAAUUGCUUGCGCCUGCCUCGACGACAGGCCAUCGCGGCGCCCCUCGAUGCUCAAGGUGAUGGCGAUGUUCAAGGAGAUUCAGGCGGGUUCGGCGGUGGAUUCCACGGCCUCGGCCCCUCUACCCUCGGUUGAUGGGAGUUUCGGGGUGGGCGAUAUGAGCCUCGAGGAAGGCAAAGAGGAGAAGGACUGAAGAGCGGGAGGAAAUAACGACGGCAAAAAUCCUCUCCAGAGGAGGGCACUUGGUUUCAGCCAUCAGCCAGUUUUCCUUGUACAGAUAAAAGUGAUUUUCCUUCAAAUCCCAAGUGUGCAUUUAGAAAUAAUUCGGUGCUUCCUGUACCACCUUCGAUCAAACUUUUGAAAUCCUCCUUGCAUAUAUUUUCCGAA